GGGGAGGCUGGAAGAGGCGCUCGGGGGUCUGGGGACAGAGGAGACUGACCAGCGGCCAGUCUGGCUGAGGGGGCCUCCAGCCCAGAGGUUGGCUAAUUUGGAGAAGCCUGGAUCUGGGUGUUAAGGGGACGACCUGACCUGGCGCGUGGGAAUGGUGAUAGACCGUGCGAACUGGGAUACCGCAGGGGUGGACGGAAUGGGUCCCACAAGGACCUGUGAGCGCUGCUCCAGGGUGGAGGGCAGGGACCCCGCCUCCCCGGGACGCCAUCCUGAGCACAUUAUGCUGAUCUGGGGCAGGCCCCUGGCUCUCUUAAAGACACCAGGCUCCUCUUAGAGUGAAAGAUCCUCCUGAGAGCGAGGUUUGCAGUUAGGACCCUGCUGCAGUGUGGCCAGAGGCCACCCGCUAAGUGCAAGAGAAGCAUAACAUCUAGAACCUAGGGCUUCUCAAGCGUGCGAAGAAAUAUCGAGUCCUCUGGUUCCCAUGGACUGUCAUCUGCUUCCUGUUUUCAUGGAAGAGAAAACUGAGCCUUAUCAGCUCAGUUCUCUUGUCAGCUGACUCCCAUUCUCCUAGAAAACUGAGACCCCAAUCAGGGAACUGAAUUUUUUGUUUUGUCAACAAACAUUGAGGCGUUCCUUGGUGGCUCAGCCAGUUAAGGAUCCCACAUUGUCACUGCUGUGGCUCGAGUUCAGUCGGUGGCCUGGGAACCUUCUGUGUGCUGCAGAAUAAGUCGCGCUUUCUUCCUCAAACUUGGCGAGCAUGGCGGGAGCUGAUCCCCAGAGAGGAGGAGGCUGUGAACCCUGGGGAGGAGACCGUGGAGGCCCUGCUGGGCCUGGUGCGAAGCACCCACUCACCCUGGGCUCUGCUGGAAGACUCAAGUGCAGAGGACCGUUUUCUGAAAGAACUGGCCAUCCAGAAUCCCCUGAUGUUCAAAGACAGCUUCUUGUAUACCUACUUUAGGUCGCUCCGGGUGGUGGACAAACAGGUGGGCCUGGUGGACAAAGACCUCCUGAAAUUUGUGAAGCUCGAAGAGUUGAUACUGAGUGCGAAUCGGAUCAAGGAGGUCAAUGCUGCCAACCUGCCCCCAACUCUCAAGGUGCUGGAGCUCUACGGCAACAAGAUGACCAGCAUGGAGUGUCUGUGUGCCCACCCGCCCUCGGGGCUCCAGCACUUGGGGUUGGGUCACAACAAGCUUCUGGGCCCCAUGGAAAGCCUAUACGUCACCAGCGAUCACUGGCCCAACCUCGUCUCCCUGGACCUGGGCUUCAACGACCUGACAGACCUGCAGAGCAUGGUGGCCAGCCUGAGGACACUGCAGUACCUGAGGCUGCUGGUGCUGCAGGGGAACCCGCUGGCCCUGGUGCCCUACUACCGGGGCUUCACCAUCGACAGCCUGUCUGGACUCUGCGUGCUGGACGACAUCACCGUGGCAUCCAGUGAGAAGCAUCAGUUCCAGGGGCUUGGUCACAGCGGGGAUCUCCUGGCACAUGAGGCACAGCUAGUGGUGACUAUUGGAAACGUCAGAGGGGUUCUGGACUCCUCAAUCUUGGACCCAGAACCAGGGCCCCAAGGCCCUUUCAUCACUUACAGCUAUUAUGUAACCUACGAUUUUGUGGAAGAUGAGGAAGGCGAGGGAGAUGACUACGGCGGCGUGCUGGCUGAGAUCGUCAGGCCUUCUCCCAGCACCGAGCAGCUGGGCGAGGACAUUCUUGAAGAGGUCAUUGAAGAGACUGAAGACUCGGUGGAGUCUGGGCCUGAAUCGCUGUCACAGUCGGGGGAGCUGGCAGAGUCUCUGGCCUCUGGGGGGUCAGCACCCUUGCCGCGCUCCACAGACUCUGCAGAAGAGCUGGCCAAGCUGCGGCCGCAUCUGGACCCCCGGCUCCUCCCUUCCCCGGGGACAGUUCUCUUCAGUACAGUCCGCAAGCCCUGGGCUGAUGUCAUUCCCUGUGGCUAUGAGAUGCAGCACACCCUCAAGGACCUGGUGCCGCUCAAGGCCUUCCUUCUGUCCGGGACCACGGUCACCAUCGUGGAGGAGAAGAUUCUCUCCUGGCCUGUAUCCGCGCCGCCUUCCCAAGACAGUCCCUUGCCGGCCAAGAAGGGAAAAGGGGAGAAGGACAAGAAAGGGAAGACGGAGAAAGAAGAGAAAGACAAGAAGGGAAAAGACGUGAAAGACAAGGCAGGCAAAGCGGAGGAGAAAGAACCAGCCAAGGAGCCGAAGGGUGUCAAGAAGAAGAAAGAGCUUCCAAAGGAACUGCGCCAGGACCCGCCCAUCCUGCGGGUGCUGGGCAGCGGCCUGGUGAUCCUGGAGCCCCUGCUCGCGGGGGAACCUUUCGUGUCCACUGUGUGCAACUUCGGGGUGGUCCGCACUUUGGAGACCGACCAGCUGACGUCUGCCAGGGAUGCAAAGAAGAAUAAGAGUAAGAAGGCUAAAAAAGCUGCUCUCGAGGCGAGGAAGACCAAGACCAAGGUGCCAGCACUAUCAGAGCUAAAAUCUGCGGUUACAGUGAACGACGGUGACUACGUCCCCGACGCCCUGACGGUGGAGGUCCAGAUCCAGUUGAUCCAGUGCCGCUCGACAGAGGAGGCGCUCCGGACGCUUCUGUAGCGCGGGAUUAAAGGCUGUUCCGACUCCGCA